AUGGAUCAUUUCAUGCCACAAAUCUUCUGGCAUGACCGGCAAGGUCUUCUCUCCGUUGAUUUACACCACAUGAUGCGAAAUGGAAAAUACAGAUUGGUGACUGCAAGUGUACAGAAAGAAGUCAGAGUGUGGGAGUUUGAGUUCGAACUUGGAUUGGACCCCAAAAGCCAAGAGACUAAACCUCAACUGACUGUAGGCUUUUUGGCAAAUCUCGCAUUUCACAAUCAGGCGAUCAAUCAAGUAAAAUUCAGUCCAAGCAAAGAAUAUGAUCUCCUGGCAUCCGGCGAUUGCGAAGGACGUAUUACAAUUUGGAAGCUCAGUGAUCAACCCGCUCCACCACCACAAGAUGAAAUGCCGACGAAUAAAGAGAAUUGGAUCAGAUAUAAGGUUCUAAACCAUAAUAGUGAUGUAAAUGCGUUGUGUUGGAGUCCGUCAGGAACACAGAUCGCUUCAGUAUCCAAUGAUCAUACAUUAGCUGUUCAUGAUGCUUUAACAGGUAAACGGCUAUUCGUGGCAAGCAAUUUUCGAAGUCCAAAUGGAGUGUGCUGGGAUCCAUUAGGCAAAUACAUCGUCACAAUGUCCCCUGAUCGUCGAAUGGAUUUAAUGGAUGCCGUGAAAGGAACACGUCUGAAACACUUCAGCUCCGCCACACUUCCCGCCAGAUCAUUCCUUUCCGCCUCUGGAAUGAUUCAUUUGGAGGAGAAAUCUCACAAGUUGUUCCACGACGAUCAAUUGUUUAGUUUCCAACGAGCACUUGUAUUCUCACCGAACGGAGAAUUUAUUGCGGCACCAUGUGCACAUUUGGAAUUGGGAUCUUCUGAUUUGUAUGGAACAUAUUUCUUCAAGAGAGAAGAUUUGGGUACAAAAGAUCUCCCAUUCGCAUUCUAUCCGGCGCCGAAACCAACUUUCCUCGUUCGUUUUUCUCCAAUCACAUUCACUCUUUUGCCAACAACUAAAGAGAAUCAUUUGGGUCUUCCGUAUCGUCUUCUGUGGAUUGCACUCAACAAAGACGCUAUAUACUUCUACGAUAGUCAACACAAUUAUCCGGUUGCUGUGGUCGAUAACAUCCAUUUGAAUUCUCUGACAGAUGCUGCAUUCAGCAGUGAUGGACGUGUGCUUGUGAUCUCUUCGCUUGAAGGAUAUUGUAGUUUUAUACGUAUAAAUUUGUCGCAAUGGGGAGAAAUUAUGACUGAAGUUGUCCCAGUUUGUACAUCACCAAAUUUGAUCGAAGAGAAAAAACAGAAGAAGAGGAAAUCGACAGCGGCGGUAGUUGCAGAGAAGGAGAAAGAAAAGGAGAAAGAAGAAGACCCAUCGAAGAAAUCUCCAGUAAGAAAGCAAACGGAAACUCCGAAAGGAUCUACACCAAAAGCCGUCACUCCGUCAUUGAAAAAGUUUUUCAAAAAGGAACCGAAAACCGCCGGAAGUCCUGCUCCUGCUGCAUCUCCUGCAUUAGCUGCUACACCUUCUGCAACUACAGAGGCCUCUCCCGCUACUUCUACGAAAAAAAGAAUCCAAUUAGUAACACUUGACACAUAA